AUGCAGCUGAUCGUACCGCGGUAUCGGAACGAAAGGGUCGUCAUCGCUGGCCCCCCGCGAUGCGCUGAGAUCGCGCGGGACUACGGCUUCACCCGCGCGAUGAGUAUUUUAGAAUAUCAGGCGGAGCAUCCCGAGACUGUGCCCUUUAAACGAUGGUCCAAUGAGGGGCGGGUCAAUGGGCUUCCGAAGCCCGGGACGAUCCCUUUCCCGUCGGUCGCCGCCAUCUUUCAGUUCAGUGACGUUGAGGACGCCUUUAACGACAUUCAGACAACUAUGGAUCUUUUGCUCUCGCCCUACGGGAAUGUGGGAAAGUACGUAAGCGGGGUGCAGACGAUCCCAUACUUUCAGGCCGCAGACGAUCUGCUUUGGGUAUCCGAAGCCCCCCUGCCGCGAAUUGCGCAGGGCGCCUACCGCGAGAUGCUCUCCGCCGUCUUCGAGAGCAUCACAGGCCAAGGCCUGGAAGUUACGUUUUACGGCAAACCCCGCAGGAUCGCCUACGCCUAUACGGAAAGACGUUUAAAAGAAGUCUCCGAGGCGCUCGGGUGGAAAGUGGCAGAUUUGCGCGCGAUUUUUAUGGUGGGGGAUAAUUUAGAUACCGACAUUCUUGGCGCAAAUGCUGCGCAGGGGCUCUGGACGAGCGUACAUGUGCUUUCAGGAGUCAGCAAAGCCGCCGCCGCGGGGCGUACGGUGAGCGAAGGUGAUGAGGAAUACAAAUGGUUAGAAACGUCCAUUUCAAAGGUACCGCACUACGUUGCCCCUACGGUGGAUCACUUCGUACGUGAGCUCCUCGCUUUUCCUGAAAAUGCGGUUUUACAAAAUAAGAUGCCUUACUACGGAAAUAUAAAUCCAGUCGACCUAAAGGAAACGUAUAACUUUGACUUGUCGGUUAAGUAA